AAUGUACGACAAUUGGAGCAAACACGCACAUUUCGCCGCAACGGCACAGCUGUCAGAACAUUCACCAACUCGCCUUCGUUUUGAUUUCGGCGAAAUCAACGAUUGAUUAUUUGUUCGUGAUGAACAAUUUGCUGUUAGUUAAAAAGUUUGGCGAAAAAAUCAUUUUUCUUCUUUUUAAUAAAAUUGAUGGGAGAUGCUCAGUUUGCUAAAAUGAAAAAAGAAUCAAUGACAAUUCAUACGAUUUGACACAUGAAACCAUAGCAAUGCCAUAGACUCCUAUGAUUGUAUAAUCGAUACGCAACAAACAACCGGUAUAUUGUUCGAAUCAAUACAAACGGUAAAUAUUCAGCUUUACAUUUUUCAUCCAUUUUGGAUUCAUAUUCAAAGGAAAAAAUGGAAAACAUUCCAAAAAUGAUGCAUCGUCAGCAAACUCAGGCUGGUUUGGGAAAAGAUGGAGACGAUUUUCGACAAUUUGAAAAUAAAAUCGACGAAGUGUUGUAUUUGCUGAAAGGAAUGAACAAUUGUGAUCGAAAGCACUCGACAGCUGCAUUAGAUCUUGGCAAAGACAAAUUAUCUGCCGAUGAUUUUGUUGUGAAAAUAACCGAAAACCGUACCGUUAUAAAUAAGGAAGCCAAAGUGGAAAAUUUCAAUGAAAAAGAACAAAUGGAGAAGCUCGCAUUUAUGCAGGAAGUGGAACGAGAUGCUGCUCGUCGAGCCGAGGAACGAAAAGAGCGUGAAGCAGUGGCUCAGAAUUUGCGAAAAAUGGGUAAUGAAGCCUUCCGGAAUGGUGAAUACGAAAAAGCCAUUGGCAUGUACUCGAAAGCAAUUGAUCAGGUCAAAGAUAGCCCCGUUCUGUAUAACAAUCGAGCAUUGGCUUAUAUUCGACUCGGGUUGUAUAAAAAGGCGGUGAUUGAUGCGGAUUUUGUGUUGCAAAAAUUGGAUGAGAAAAAUGUUCGUUCAUGGUUAUACCGCGCUAAAAGCUAUUAUCUAUUGGGUGAAAGAAGGGAUUUCGAAAAGAGCGUGAACGAAGCAAAAAAGAAUAAUCCAAAAGGAUUGGAUUUCAUUGAGAAAACUGUAGCAAGCAUUUUGGAAAAUAAAACCAUUUAAAAAUGUACAAAAUCAGGACAUAAAAACCUCAUAGUACAUAACUGUACCAUGACAAUAUUUGAUUUGAAUGAAUAACGGCGCGUUCACAUUAGCCCAUCGGUACGCGUGUGAACCAAACAAAAUGGCAAUACCAUGUAAUUUGACAUAUAAAACUUGGAGUUGAUUGAAAGUUGUCAUUCAAACAAAAAUAAAGUGAGAAAUUUUUUUGUUGCACUGAACGAUGAGAGAG